GACCAGGCCGGCCGAGUAGGCGUUCCGACGCCGCAGGGGGAAGCGACUUUUUUGGCUUCCUCGAAAAAAAAUUGUCCCGAGAUCUCUCUGAAAAUUCUGCUCCUUUCUUCACGCGUCUCGCUUUCUGAGCUUGUAAAGAAGUCUCUCUCUCGCUCUCUCUCCCUCUCCCUGUGUGUAUUUUUGUAAAGAAGUCUCUCUCUCGCUCUCUCUCCCUCUCCCUGUGUGUAUUUUUUUUCUUGUUUAAAAUAAUUUAUUUCUUAGAUUUUUUGUUGUUGUUGGUGUCGGCCGACGUCAGUGCAAGAGGGGUGUGUCAGGCCAGCCGAAGCCAGGGUCUCAAAUCCAAGGGGGACUUCGAGGCGAGGGAGAAGACGAUAUUUGCGACAAUAUCGGAGCAACUCGCGAGGGAGUUGGCCGGCGGGAGGGAGGCAGAGAAGAGUGUUGGAGGCGUUCCGGGAGAGACAGACAGAGAGAGAUGACUCUUGACCAUCCAGCCAAGCCUGCGUUGGAAUUCUAAGCGUCCACACAACUCUUGGGAUUCUCGCCAGAAUUUUUUAAAAUGUUGUGUUUGUAUACAGUAUACAUAUUCCUUCCCAGCCUGCCUCCUCUCCCACCCCACACCGCCACCCUCCCGCUCUAACCCCCCCCCCCACCCCCCCCAAUCAUCCUCAAACCCCGUACUCACCGCUCCUCCAUCCUAUUUGCAUCCUCGUUCAAAAUUGAACAGAGCGACUUCGACGCCAGUAAAUAGAACACACCACUGAUAAUGAUGCCACCGCUGCUGCUAGCUGCUAGCGCGUCCGAUUAAUGCGGAGGGGGGAGGUGGCGAAGGUCGAGGAGGAGGAGGAGGUGGGGUGAGACGUGAAUCAGAGGCGCGGUUGAGAGAGAGAGAGAGAAGGAGAGAGCCCUUUGCGCAUUUACAGAGUGGCGUGCAAGAAGGAGAUCGUCGUCGUCGUCGUCAUCAUCACCGGGCGAGCGGAUGAGGCAUCUCCACACCAUCUCUUUCGUAACCCUUCAAACUCCACCGCACGCGCACGUGUCCUCUCGCUUGAGUUGCUCGAGAGGUCCCGAUCGACUUCUCGUUUUGAGUAAAAAAAAAUCCACCGCGAGACGAACGACGACGAGAAAGUUUCCCCGCGCAAGUUUGUAGACGAGCGAACCCCAAGCGACUCGUGCCACGGAAGUUUCCCCGCGGCUUGCCGCGACUCGAGGCCCGCCUCGACCCCCCCCCCCCCCCUCGUGCGCUUCCCUCCAACGGCGCCACGCGAUCGACGAGGGCCGUGACAGCCGCCACCGCCGCUGCCGACGCACGCGUUAAGUAACCCACGAGCGGAGUUGCUUUGCGCUUCUAUUAUUAGCCAUGGGUCUUUCUUCGCUCCUCGUUGUAUCAUCGUCGCAAUCAGCAGCAGCAGCAGCGUCGUCAUCCUCGCCGCUACUUCCACCACCGCUACUGCUACAACUGCCGCUGCUGCACGUCUGACAAAGUUCCGAGCGACCCGAGGAACCGCGGGUGGGUUGACGCGCGUGAGACGCUCGCUCGCUCGUUCGCUCGUACGAACACUGGACACGUGCCGCAGCAACAACAACAAAAACAGCAACAGCAGCAGCAACAGCAGCAGCAACAGCAACAGCCGCUACAAUCAUCAUCCGCCGUCCCCGCGGCUCACGAUGAGCGUCGCUGGCGGCUUCUCGCACCCGGCGUCCGUGCUGCCUCGCGAGGCGAUAUACGGAGGCUUCGCGCCCGCCGCUCGCCUCGCUCUGCAGGGCCACCCAUCGCCCCCGUUGCCCGCGCCCUCCUACCUGCACUCGUGGCUGCUCGGACACCCGGGCGGCGGUGGAGGCGCCGAGUACUCGUCGGGACCGCCUGCUGUCCUGCAGCAGUUGCAGCAGGAGCAGCUGCAGCUGCAGUUGAUUCCGCAGCAGCAGCAGCAACAACAUUCACGAAUCGCGCAGCAGCAGCAGCACAGCACGACCGUGACGACGCACAGCUGCGUGUACGGCUCAAGCCCUGAGCGGCCAGACUUGGACAGCCAACAACACCAUCAUCAUCACCAUCACCACCACCACCAUCAUCCGCAGCAGCAGCAGCAACAGCAUCAUCAUGAACAGCACCAGCAUCAUCAGCACUCGCAGCAUCCGCAACAUCAACAGCAGCAGCAGCAGCACGGGGAGGCGCUUCUGCAACAGGAGGGAGGGGAGCCGUCCCUGCUGCAGGCCGCGGGUCCUUACUGCCCGCCCGUGAAGCGGCGAGGAACCGCAAAUCGCAAGGAGCGGCGGAGGACAUUGAGCAUCAACAGCGCCUUCGCCGAGCUACGGGACUGCAUUCCCAACGUGCCGGCCGACACGAAGCUGUCCAAGAUCAAGACCCUGCGGCUGGCCACCAGCUACAUCGCCUACCUCAUGGAGGUGCUGGCUCGGGGGCCCUCCUCGGCCGGCGAGAACGCGGCAGACGCCCCAGCGUUCCGUGCCGAGCUGCGGCGAGCGGACGGCAGGGACGAGCGCAGGCGGAGACAGCUGCAGGACGAGAUAAAGCGCGGCGCGGCGAGCAGCGCCGAGAGGAAGAGCAAAGGGCGCACGGGGUGGCCUCAGCACGUGUGGGCACUCGAAUUCCAGUGACCCCCUACCCCCCUCCCACUACCACCACCCACCUUACCCCCCUCCCACCACCACCCACCCUACCCCCAUCGCCCCAACCCUGCCGCCCUACAGCAAAGCCAAGACAGAGACCACCAACCCCGCCCCCAACGCGUAGGGCUUUCGCGACCAAUAUUAUCCACGGUAAGCGAGGAGAGGCCAAGUACCGAGGUUCAGGUAUUCCUCGCCGCAUCUUGGCCGUGAGCUCGGCAAAUCGAACUCGGGUCGCAAACCGACCGCUCCGCACAGCCACACCGCCAGACUGCCCCCGCAUGGCCCCCAACAGACUGUUGGGGCCAGUGGCUGUGAGCCGGCACUGUGGCACACGCCACGACCAUAUGCGACAAUUACGACCACAACUGCGGUGUCACCACCGGCACCGCCACCGCCACGGUCGCCGCCUUCUCGUCUGCAGUGGUGCAUCAAGACCCACUGCGGCUCAGGUCUCCCAGCAGCAGCGGAAGCGGCUGUAGCGGCCAGUGACGUGGCUUGCUUUGAAGUGCGCAGGCGGUGCAACUGCGCCGGUGCCCCGCCGGCCACAUGGCCCCUGGAGAGACCCGAGAAGACGCUGGGGCUACGAAGAGUGGUGGGUGGGUUUGACGGGGGGGGGGGGGUGGGGGAUUUGGACACGUGCCCCCCCCCCCAUUUAAUUCCUUGCACCACGAACCCGCCCCCCAUGGCAAAAGGCAGCCUCACGAACUCCCCUGCUAAGGAAGGUCACGUGCACUGCACCCACCCCGCGCGCUGGUGGUGCGAGUAGGAGACGCGGCGGUGUGAAUACGCGUGCGUGUGUGUAAGUGUGUGUGUAAGUGUGUGUGUGUAAGUGCGUGUGUGUGAGUGUGUGUGUGUAAG